AUGGCACCCACGCCUGUGGACAAGAGACGGUUUGCCCUCCUCUCCGGCGAGAGUCACCGAACCUCCAAGCGAGUAAUCCUAUCCUACAUUUUCGAUUGGAUCUGCAUCAUUCUCUUCGCCGGCGCCGGCGCCAUCCUCUACAGCAUCACAGGCUCCGAGCAUGUCUUCUCCCUCGACGAUCCAUUGAUCUCCUACCCACUGAGAUCCGACACCGUCUCGGUCAUCACCGUCGGUAUAACCUGCUGCGCCGUCCCCGCCAUCCUCAUCGCAGCCCUCUCCCUCCUCCUCCCACUCCCAACACAAUCUCACCACCUCCCCUGGCCCCUCCGCCUCUGGACCCUACACGCCGCCCUCCUCGGCCUAGCCCUCAGCCUCGCCGGCGCCUUCUUCACGACCUCGGCCCUGAAAGACAUCGUCGGGAAACCCCGUCCCGACCUCCUCGCCCGCUGCGCACCCGACCUCUCCAAAAUCACCCAAUACACCGUCAGCGGCCUCGGCCUCCGCCGCGAGAGCGCACCGGUCCUCGUCUCCGCGGCAAUCUGCACAAACCCAGACCGCAAGGUCAUCCGCGAAGGCUUCGCCGCGUUCCCGUCGGGCCACUGCACAUUCGCCUGGGCGGGCUUGCUCUAUUUCGCGCUGUGGCUGGCUGCCAAGUUCGGCCUGUUAUCUCGAGGAGCGACUGCCGCGGCUGCGCCGCCGUUGUACCUCCUCGUCCUGGCUGCUACCCCCGUCGGCGGUGCGCUGUACAUCUCUGCGUCGCGCUACAUGGACUAUAUGCAUGCGGGCUGGGAUAUUCUAGGCGGGAGUGCGGUGGGGGUUGGAUUUGCGCUGCUUGGGUUCUUUUGGUAUCAUCCUCGUGUUCCUGCUACAGCUCCUGGGAAAGACCAUCAUGGGGCGCUGCUGCUGGCGUAUGGAGCGAGGCGGAGGAGCACGGCGAUCUUUGGGAGUGGGUUUGCGCCGGCUGGCGGGCUGGAAGGUAGUAUGCAGAGGCAGAGGGGAUUCGGGGGCGAGGAGUAUGUGGAUAUCGAGCUUACUGCUGUGGAUAGGCAGGGGCAGGGGCAUGGAAUUGGAAUGAGUGGUGGUGGUAGUACGUAG